AUGACGCGAACAGCAUCCAAUGCCAUCCAAGGAGUCUCAACUCUGAUUCUUUUCCUUCAGGCUGCAAGUCCAACUGCAGGGUUGGUGACACCACCACAGCUGGAAACACGAAGAAGCACCCAACUCGGCGCAAAGCUUGGUCCUUCCUUCGAUGGAGCCUGGAAUCCCAGAAAGAUGACAGAAACUGUCUUUGAGAAUUUUUCUCAGUCAAAAGAGUCUCUGAUGGCCUCUAUGGAACACCAAAAGGAAGUACUGGCCGAGUCUAUGGACCAACAGAAGGAGCAACUCCAGCAACUGCAGCAGCAACAACAAAAACUAAUGGCAGACAUCGACCUACCUUUCCACAAGCCUAGUAUUCAUGCGAUGGAAGAUAACACUGGGUUCGUCCUCAUGGGAGGACACAGGCCUGACAUCAUCCAAAUGACUGUCACAUCUCAAGAUUCAACAGCCAGCAGCAGUAUUGCUAGCACCAUGGAAUCUUCCGCUGUAUCCGAAACAGUACUCCCCCAAUUGCUUCAAGAAUCCAACGAUCUUUUACAAGUGGAUAGCAACGCAAAUGACGCUAUGGAGUUGGUCGCUUCCAUUGACAAACAAGUAGAUCAGCAAGUGGCUCAGCUCGAAGCCGCCAAGGCAGCCGUCCUUGACGACACCCUUCCUACUGAUACUUUCGACAAGGUCGCCACGGAUACUGCCCCACUCCAGCAUACGGGCGGAGUCGACAUGAUGACCCCUCAAGACAUGAUUAACAAGGACGGUAUGAUCUCUGCCAUUGAUAUCGAUACGGAACGAGUCGGUCCCAUUUCUACCACUGAAGUUAUGCAAGCCUUGCAAGAUGUCACGGUGAACGCCAAGCAGCAAAUGUCGGACACUGUAGCUGCCAACAAGUUCCACUUUUUGGAAAGCACUGAUAACAAAGGUUUUGAAGUCAAGGAAAUUGGAGAGGACUCGGUCGACAUGUUGCACAAGUUGGGAAAUGGCAUGGUUGACAGUAUGAAAUCCGUCUCAAACAACCUAUUGCACUUUGUUGAGGAAAUGAUGAAGGGGUCAAAAGAUGGAUUUUCCUCCUCGGGGCUGCUCCAGAGCGCCCAAGAAUCGAUUCAAAAGAUUGUAGACGGUGGAAUUGAAUCCGUCAUGGCUACAGUGAAUUCGGUUGGAGAUAUCACCAUCCGCGAUAUGAUCACCAACCUCGUUUCCUUGGUGGCUUUGGUGGUCAAAGUCUUGUUCCAGUUGGUAUCGACACUAGUCGCUGCCGCCAGUGGAAAGGGUGUUACAGCAUGGGUGGACCAAAGCAAUGCUGCCAUUCACCAGGGCGCUUUAGCAUUGCAAGAUCAAGCAGAACACUUCAGUAAUGACCUUUCUCAUCAAAGUCUAAAUGAAAUGGUCGCCAUGGUCGAUUCCUACUUGCAUGCAUCAACCACCUACAUGGCUGACACCGCCACUACUGUUUUAAGUAUGGGAGAGAUGACUGGAAACCUGGCAGCUCCACUCGUGAGCGCCAUCUUUACCGAGGGUACCAUCAGCACAUGGAAUGCACUAUCGGACAAGUUCUAG